AUGGAAACUGUACCAGAGAAGAAAAAAAAGGUUGCUGCUACACCAGAAACCCUUAAGAAAAAAGUGAAGGAUUUCACAGAGUUGGAGGUGAAGCGCCUUAGGAAGAAGUUUGCCCUGAAGUCACUGCAAAAGGCAAGGAGGAAGCUCAUCUAUGAGAAGGCAAAGUGCUAUCACAAGGAGUGCAUACAAAUGUACCGGACUGAGAUUCAGAUGGCUAGGAAGGCAAGGAGAGCUGGGAACUUCUAUGUGCCCACAGAACUAAAAUUGACCUUUGUCAUCAGAAUCCGAGGUGUCAAUGGAGUAAGCCCAAAGGUGUGCAAGGUAUUGCAACUGCUUCGUCUGCGGCAGAUCUUCAAUGGCACCAUUGUUAAGUUCAACAAAUCUUCAAUUUACAUGCUGAGGACUGUGGAACCGCACAUUGCAUGGGGGAAUCCCAACUUAAAGUCAGUAAAUGAGCUCAUCUACAAGCGAGGCUAUGGCAAAAUCUAUACAAAGUGGAUUUCCUUGACAGAUAAUUCCUUGAUUGCUCGAUUUCUUGGUAAAUUUGGCAUUAUCUGCAUGGAGGAUCUAAUUCAUGAGAUCUAUAUAGUUGGAAAACGCUUCAAGGAAGCAAAUAACUUCCUAUGGCCCUUCAAACUAUCUUCCCCACCAGGUGGAAUGAAGAAAAAGACAACUCACUCUGUAAAAAGUGGAGAUGCUGGCAACAAGGAAAACCAGAUAAAGAGGUUUAGUAGACGGAUGAACUAA